AAAACUACAUUUUUCUCUCUCUAAAAAUCCAUACAUGCUGCAGAAAGCCUCAGUAUAACGGCACUCAACAUUAUCGUAACUCUAGAUACGCAGCUCCGACAUAAAAUAAAAUAAAAUAAUAAUGUUAAUAUAGGUGAUCUUCACUGAGUUAACUCGGCCUAGUGAUGGGCUGCUGCGAAUCGUUGUUCUCGAGGAAGCCGCGCUUGGAUAAGGAUCAUUCGUACAACAGCCACCAACGCCAUUCUUCCUCUGCUAACGUCGCCGGAGGAGGCUCGUCGGGUUUCGCGGAGUUCACUUUGGCGGAGCUGAAGGCUGCUACCAACAACUUUAGCUCCGACAACAUCGUCUCUGAGAGUGGAGAGAAGGCCCCUAAUAUCGUCUAUGAAGGCCGUCUGCAGAACCGCCGCUGGAUCGCUGUCAAAAAAUUCACCAAAAUGGCCUGGCCCGAUCCUAAACAGUUCGCUGAGGAAGCAAAGGAAGUGGGGAAACUGAGGCACAAGAGGCUGGCAAAUUUGAUAGGGUAUUGUUGUGAUGGGGAUGAGAGGCUGCUUGUGGCGGAGUUCAUGCCUAACGAGACUCUUGCUAAGCAUUUAUUUCACUGGGAGAAUCAAACCCCUGAGUGGGCCAUGCGUUUAAGAGUGGCUUUGUAUAUAGCUGAAGCAUUAGAUUAUUGCAGCAAUGAAGGUCGACCACUGUACCAUGACUUGAAUGCCUAUAGGGUUCUCUUUGAUGAGAAUGGUGAUCCACGGCUUUCCUGCUUUGGAUUGAUGAAAAAUAGCAGGGAUGGUAAAAGUUACAGCACAAAUCUUGCAUAUACACCUCCUGAGUAUCUAAGAAAUGGUAAUUUUCAGAUUUAUAUGGGUGCUGGAAGCCUCUCGGGUCGGGUGAAUUCAAUAAUAGAUGCCUGUUGGCAUUCCAGCCUUCCUUCUCCUUUCAGGGCCUAUCCGAAAGAGAAUCGUAGGUGCUAUUCGAAUAGAUAUAGCAAAAGAUUCGGUGUGGGAGUUCUCAGGCGACUGAAUUUUUCAAGGGUGACUGGUGACAUCAUCAAGCUCUUUAACUUGGGUAAGGGUUCGAUUAGGACAUUUAGAAGAAAUGUGACCAAAGUCUUUACAGUUGACGCACAAGAAGGAAACUGCAGCACUGGAGGCCGGCGGUCGGCGUCCAUGGAUGUCACGAGCGGAGGCGAUGGUCGUGAGUGGGUGUUCCGGGUCGGAAAGGCAAUGGGUCAAUUUCUGGUUGCUGUAAUUUACGGUGGGUUUGUUGAAUUUCGGAUUGCUGUAUGGAGAAAACAGGUAGUGGGCGACGGCGCGCCAGAUUUCAUGCACCUGUUUCCAUGUUGUGCCUUUCAGGCACUGGAUAUGAUUCGAGGUAAAAAUAUUCUGCUUUUGACGGACUCCCAUUUGGAAGGGAACUUCUCGACUGAAGAGGCAACUGUUGUUUUUGGUCUUGCUUCACAGUGUCUGCAAUAUGAACCAAGAGAGCGGCCAAAAACUAAAGAUCUUGUUUCUACCCUUUCCCCACUGCAAAAUAAACCUGAUGUUCCUUCUCACAUGAUGUUGGGAAUUUCAAAGCAGGAAGAAACGCCACCAACCCCACAACAUCCUCUCUCUCCAAUGGGUGAUGCCUGUUCACGUAUGGAUCUUACAGCCAUCCAUCAAAUUUUGGUGAUGACUCACUAUAAAGACGACGUAGGAACUAAUGAGUUAUCUUUCCAAGAGUGGACCCAACAAAUGAGAGAUAUGUUGGAUGCAAGGAAACGCGGAGACCUGGCAUUCCGUGACAAAGAUUUCAAAACUGCUAUUGAUUGCUACUCUCAGGUAAUCGCAAAAUUUAUUGCUUGAAUACUUUAAUCACAG